GUUCAUUAUUCCCGUUUUGAUCACAAAACUUUGUUGCGACCAACCAAACGGUCAGCCUGUGGUGUGAAAGGUGCCAGUAAAAAUGAUCUCACCAUUUCUGGGACGCAAAUUCUCACCUACCCUCAAAAUAUACCGACCUCCGAAAAACUGUCAAGUGAAAUACGGCUAAUGCAGCUGGGUGGAUAAAAUAUCUUCACUAGAUGCCAUCAAAUAUCUGAAACCACUUCUUAACAUUGAAGUGGAAGUACAAAGUAACUAUUCGAUUCAUAUUCGUCUCUUACAAGCAUGUUGUUCAUUGAAUUUCGGUUUCUAUGGUACCGGUUCCGGCAGUUUUGAAAAUCUCUUCAAGGCCUUGAAAUUAUACAACUUGUUUCAGAAAUGUCCAGGGAAAAUUCUCCAUAUAUUCAUAUUGAAAGAACACUCUUGAUUAUUAAGCCGGACAUUAUUAAUUAUGCAGAUAAAAUAGAAGAGCUUAUCUUACAAAAAGGAUUCUUGAUAAUACAGAAGAGACGCGUUCAUUUGACACCAGAACAAGCAAGCGAAUUUUAUGCAGAACAUUACGGGAAAAUAUUUUAUGCAACGUUAAUUGCCUACAUUAGCAGUGGUCCGAUAGAGGUACUAGUCAUAGCUAGAGAAAAUGCUAUAUCUAUUCUUCGUGAAUUAAUUGGUCCACAAAAUGCAUUUAAAGCUAAGGCGACGGUACCUGCAAGUUUAAGAGCUAUUUAUGGUACAGAUGAUCAACAGAAUGGAAUACAUGGAAGCGAUUCGUUUACAAGUGCUGAAAGAGAAAUCAGAUUCUUCUUCCCAGAUAUGAUCGUUGCACCGAUCCCCGUAAGACUUGCAGCAAAAGAUUACUUAGUUCGGAAUGUAAACCCAACUUUACUAAAAGGUUUGACAGAACUGUGCAAACAAAAACCUAAGGACCCAGUACUUUGGCUGGCCGACUGGCUGCUGGAAAAUAAUCCAAAUAAACCUCAUCCCAUCGAUAUGGUCACCUCUUGAAAUACGAAUAAGAAAAUUUUAAAGAACGUAUGAAGGAUUAUGCGAAUGCAGUUUUCAAAAGAACCUAUAGUCAUAUCUGAAAAUAAACAUAUACUUCGUUUCG